CAUCAGCUGUGGCUGUGUGUUUCGGGCUCCUCCCGCUCCGCAGCGCCGCUGCUCGGCCACCCGGCCGGCACGCGCUUUGACCCGGCCGCCGCGCGCCCGCCCGACGAUAAAAGGCCUCCCUCCCACCCGGUUGCCACACUUUGCCACGGCUGCUCCGCCAGCAAACCAGACACACAGCAGCGUACCUGCGUACGUAGCGUGCGCUUUCUUUUUUUCCUUUCGCCUCUCUUGCUUGCUCCGGCCGGCCACGGCCAGGCACCUCGCGGUUGCGUCGCGUGCAUCUGCGUGUGCGUACCUGGUAGAGGCGGCCGUCUGCUUGCUCCGGGCAAGGAAGGAGGUUGCGGCGGUCGACCGAUGUCGGACAAAAAAGGGGUGCCGGCGCGGGAGCUGCCGGAGACGCCGUCGUGGGCGGUGGCGGUGGUCUUCGCCGCCAUGGUGCUCGUGUCCGUCCUCAUGGAGCACGGCCUCCACAAGCUCGGCCAUUGGUUCCAGCACCGGCACAAGAAGGCCCUGUGGGAGGCGCUGGAGAAGAUGAAGGCGGAGCUCAUGCUGGUGGGCUUCAUAUCCCUGCUCCUCAUCGUCACGCAGGACCCCAUCAUCGCCAAGAUAUGCAUCUCCGAGGAUGCCGCCGACGUCAUGUGGCCCUGCAAGCGCGGCACCGAGGGCCGCAAGCCCAGCAAGUACGUUGACUACUGCCCGGAGGGCAAGGUGGCGCUCAUGUCCACGGGCAGCUUGCACCAGCUGCACGUCUUCAUCUUCGUGCUCGCGGUCUUCCAUGUCACCUACAGCGUCAUCACCAUAGCUCUAAGCCGUCUCAAAAUGAGAACAUGGAAGAAAUGGGAGACAGAGACCACCUCCUUGGAAUACCAGUUCGCAAAUGAUCCUGCACGGUUCCGGUUCACGCACCAGACGUCGUUCGUGAAGCGCCACCUGGGCCUCUCCAGCACCCCUGGCAUCAGAUGGGUGGUGGCCUUCUUCAGGCAGUUCUUCAGGUCAGUCACCAAGGUGGACUACCUGACCUUGAGGGCAGGCUUCAUCAACGCGCAUUUGUCGCAAAACAGCAAGUUCGACUUCCACAAGUACAUCAAGAGGUCGAUGGAGGACGACUUCAAGGUCGUCGUCGGCAUCAGCCUCCCGCUGUGGGGUGUGGCGAUCCUCACCCUCUUCCUUGACAUCAAUGGGGUUGGCACGCUCAUCUGGAUUUCUUUCAUCCCUCUCGUGAUCCUCUUGUGUGUUGGAACCAAGCUGGAGAUGAUCAUCAUGGAGAUGGCCCUGGAGAUCCAGGACCGGGCGAGCGUCAUCAAGGGGGCCCCCGUGGUCGAGCCCAGCAACAAGUUCUUCUGGUUCCACCGCCCCGACUGGGUCCUCUUCUUCAUACACCUGACGUUGUUCCAGAACGCGUUUCAGAUGGCGCAUUUUGUGUGGACAGUGGCCACGCCCGGCUUGAAGAAAUGCUACCACACGCAGAUCGGGCUGAGCAUCAUGAAGGUGGUGGUGGGGCUAGCUCUCCAGUUCCUCUGCAGCUAUAUGACCUUCCCCCUCUACGCGCUCGUCACACAGAUGGGAUCAAACAUGAAGAGGUCCAUCUUCGACGAGCAGACGUCCAAGGCGCUCACCAACUGGCGGAACACGGCCAAGGAGAAGAAGAAAGUCCGAGACACGGACAUGCUGAUGGCUCAGAUGAUCGGCGACGCAACACCGAGCCGAGGCUCGUCGCCGAUGCCGAGCCGGGGCUCAUCACCCGUGCACCUGCUUCACAAGGGCAUGGGGCGGUCGGACGACCCCCAGAGCGCGCCCACCUCGCCAAGGACCCAGCAGGAGGCUAGGGACAUGUACCCGGUUGUGGUGGCGCACCCGGUGCACAGACUAAAUCCUAACGACAGGAGGAGGUCCGCCUCGUCGUCGGCCCUCGAAGCCGACAUCCCCAGUGCAGAUUUUUCCUUCAGCCAGGGAUGAGACAAGUUUCUGUAUUCAUGUUAGUCCAAUGUAUAGCCAACAUAGGAUGUGAUGAUUCGUACAAUAAGAAAUACAAUUUUUUACUGAGUCAAAAAAU